GAGGUUCCACAGGGGCAAGGCCCGUAAAAAGCCAUCCAAAUUCUAGAAGGGGGAGGGGGGGAGGAGAGCAUGAACCAGAAUAGCGGGCAUGGCAAGAGCAGCACAAGAGUCGGGGUUUUGAGCUCUCACUUCCACCCUUCGCCCUUUCCCCCUCGUCCUCCUCGUUCUCGCAUGGCCUCCUCGGAGAAGGAUGCCGCUCUCGCCGCCGUUCCCUCCGAUGCUCCUACCAUCUUUGACAAAAUUAUAAGGAAGGAAAUUCCUUCCACAGUGGUUUUUGAGGAUGACAAGGUUCUUGCAUUCAGAGAUAUAUCUCCCCAAGCUCCCACUCAUAUCAUAAUCAUCCCCAAAGUUAAAGAUGGAUUGUCUCAGCUUUCAAAGGCAGAAGAGAGGCAUAUUGAGAUUCUUGGAUACCUUCUUUACGUUGCCAAAGUUGUUGCAAAGCAGGAAGGGCUUGAUGAUGGCUUUAGAAUUGUCAUCAAUGACGGACCCAAAGGAUGCCAAUCUGUCUACCAUAUUCAUGUUCAUCUUCUUGGGGGGCGACAGAUGAACUGGCCUCCUGGCUGAUCAGUGAUCCUCAGUUCUCAUAGUUUCUGCAUGGCAUGGUUUGGCCUUGCAUCUCUGUUUUCUAAUAAAUUAAAACGAUACAUGCAAUGGUGUGGAACUGCUAGUGUCUUGAGAUCCUGCAUUACUGCUUGCUUGAAACUGUCUCUACUUUUGAGGCCAAAAUAUUUGUGUCUCGGGAUAAAGCAGACUAAAGACUUGCAAUCUGAGUCAAAUGAGAAUACAUUUGUAGUUGGUAUUGUCUGCAUCAACAUUGCUAAAAUGCUUUAAUUUA